AUGCACGGCGAACACGAGCUGCCCGAUAUUGUAAAAGAGCGCGUUGAAAUGCACGACUCUUCUGCGUUCGCCCGCAAAGUUCAUGGAUUGCGUGCAAAAUUGUAUAAUAAAAAGCGUCAUGCUGAAAAGAUACAGAUGAAGAAAAUGAUCAAGCAGCAUCAGGAGAAAUCCGCAAAACAAAAAGACACUCAAGCAGUUCCCGAAGGAGCCGUUCCUACUUAUUUAUUAGAUCGUGAGGGUCAGCAAAGGGCUAAAAUAUUAUCAAAUAUGGUGAAGCAAAAACGUAAAGAAAAAGCCGGAAAGUGGACCGUUCCAUUACCCAAAGUUCGUGGUAUUGCCGAAGAAGAAAUGUUUAAGGUCGUUAAGACCGGAAAAAACCGAA